CUGGGGUGAGGUGCAUUGUGGGACAGUGUGCCAUAUUGUCACACGAUAGAAGGAAAUGGACGCGGGUUUUUUCCGCGGCACCAGUGCGGAGCAGGAUAACCGCUUCAGCAACAAACACAAGAAGCUUUUGAAGCAGCUGAAGUUUGCAGAAUGUCUAGAAAAGAAGGUGGAUAUGACCAAAGUCAACCUGGAAGUCAUCAAGCCCUGGAUCACCCAGCGUGUAACAGAGAUCCUUGGCUUCGAGGAUGAUGUCGUCAUAGAAUUUGUCUUCAACCAGCUAGAGGAAAAGAAUCCAGAUGCGAAGAUGAUGCAGAUUAAUUUGACUGGGUUCCUGAAUGGAAAGAACGCCCGGGAGUUCAUGAAGGACCUCUGGCCGCUCUUGCUAAGUGCUCAGGAGAACAUUGCUGGUAUCCCAUCUGCCUUUCUGGAGCAAAAGAAAGAGGAGAUCAAACAAAGACAGAUCGAACAGGAAAAACUUGCUUCUCUGAAAAAGAUAGAUGAUGAUAAAAGGGAGAAGGAGAGCAAGGAAAGAGCUCAGUCCAAAAGCCCUAAACGGAGGAAGUCCCGCUCACCUUCGAGGCGUGAACGUAAAGUCAGUCCCUCUCGCUCUCCUCGCCGAAAAGCAAGUCCAGCGGUCUCGCCUUCUAUCAGUCCACCCAAUAAUAAAGAAGAACCAAAGCAAGAACCUGACCAAUCAGAGAGCUCCAAACCAGAACCGCUCAUCCAGGAGGCUUCCUCUACCAGUGAUGUGGUGGGUGAGAUAAUGCCAGACUCCAUGUCUGAGGCUGUGAAAGAGUCGUCUCCAGAAAAAAUUAUAAAAUCAGAGGACAAGCCCAAACCAAGAGACAGGGACCGAGACAAGGAUGGACGCAGAGAUAGACCACGCCACCGUUCUCGUUCCCGAUCACCUCGCAGACGACCUAGAUCCCGCUCCAGGUCGUUCUCACCACGCCGCAGAUUGAGUCCCAGGAGACGAAUCUCUCCAAGACGCAGGAGCCCCCCUAGACGCCAGCCUUCAUCUAGACAUCGACGCAGCCGUUCACCUGUCCGCAGGCGGCGCUCUCGCUCCCAAUUCUCCUCAGGCAGUUCCUCAUCUCGUUCCCCCCAUAAGAGAGCAGGUAAACGUGGGUCAGCCACCCCACCCAGAAAACUUCUACGCCGCUCUGACAUUUCCAGCCCCUCCAGAAGACGAGGCCGCAGCCCCUCUGGACCGGACACCAGCCCUUCAGCAGCAAAGCACAGACCUGGUGGAAGGAACACCUCUCGCUCGCCUCCUAAAUUGAGACGAUCCGAUGCAUCAGAGUCUGAGGAGGAGAAGGUGGGCAAAGAGUCAACGGCAGAUUCUGUCCAGCAGCGACGUCAGUAUCGCAGACAGAAUCAGCAAUCUUCUUCAGACUCUGGUUCAUCCUCUUCCUCAGAAGAUGAAGAUCCAAGGCGGCAGAAAAGGGGGGCAGCUGCCAGAAAUGGAGAUGUCAGGAGGAGGCGGAGCCAUUCACCUGCAUCACCACGUAGGCGGCAAAGAGAUGCAUCCCCAAGAAAGAGACGUUCUCCAUCAACUGGUGGUCGUAGACGUCGCUCCCCUUCUCCUCGCCGACGCAGGUCGCCCUCUCCUCCAAGACGCAGAUCGCCAUCUCCACCUCCCCGUCGGCACUCUCCUGCUAUUCAGCGUCGUUACAGCCCCUCCCCUGUCUCUGCUCAGAAAAGACGCCCAUCAGGGUCUCCCCUUCCUAAGCACAGUGGGUCUCCUUCACCUGUGCCCAGACGCAGAGGGUCUCCUUCACCAGUCGCCAAGCGCAGAGGGUCUCCUUCACCAGUCGCCAGGCGCAGAGGGUCUCCCACACCGGUGGCCAGGCGCAGAGGGUCUCCCACACCGGUGGCCAGGCGCAGAGGGUCUCCCACACCGGUGGCCAGGCGCAGAGGGUCUCCCUCACCGGUGGCCAGGCGCAGAGGGUCUCCCUCACCGGUGGCCAGGCGCAGAGGGUCUCCCUCACCGGUGGCCAGGCGCAGAGGGUCUCCCUCACCGGUGGCCAGGCGCAGAGGGUCUCCGUCUCCUGUGACCAAGCCCAGAGGAUCUCCCUCCCCUGUGGGCAAGCGCAGAAGAUCUCCCGCACCAUUGGCCAAACGUCGCUCCUCUCAUUCCCCCAAACGGAGUCGUGGUAGCAGUCCAGGAAAGAAACGCACUCCACCCUCUUCUACUUCACCUCCACCCCGCCACUCUAGAGGUUCUCCAAAUCCCUCUGCAGCACAACGGGGCCGUGACAACCGCUUCUCUCCCCCUACCCAUGCUGUUCGAUUGUCUUCCAGUCCUCAGGGUCGAUUUGCCCCCUCUGGUUCACCCCCGCAGAGACAAAGACGUCAGACAUCCCCGUCUCAUGAAACGAGACCCAUUCGUAGGGUUUCCCGCACACCAGAACCUCGCAAAUCUCAGAGAGGUUCUCAGAGCCCCCAGCCGGUAAGGAGGCCGGUUUCUCGAUCACCAUCUGCUUCUCCGGUGGCUCACAAGCGACCUGCUUCAGUUUCUCCCUCUAGCCGCUCCCCACUUCCACCUUCCAAAAAGAACAGCAGUGUCUCCCCAUCGCCAAACAAGAACUCUGAUGUAGAAGCUGGUAAGAAGAAGAAAAAGAAGAAAGAGAAGAAACACAAGAAAGAGAAAAAACACAAGAAACAUAAAAAACAGAAGAAGGAUAAGGGUGGAGGAGAGAAGAGUGGAGGGGUGGUAGGAGAACACGGACGGGAAGCAGAGCCAGACUCUGACCAGAAAAAGGAAUCAGAAAGCGAAGUAGAAGACAGUUUGGAUGAUCUGGAGAAGCAUCUGCGUGAGAAAGCUCUCCGCUCUAUGAGGAAGGCCCAACUGUCUCCAUCUCCUCAGUCCUGAGGGAAAACCUACCACACCUCUUUUCCACUCUCUGCAUUUUAAAUGUUUGAUGUUGAUUCUGCUUUAGAAUGUACAAACUGUUAAAAUUCACCCUAGAAAUGUUUAUUUUUUUUGUUUGGUUUUUUUUUUUGUUUUUUGAUUUAUUAUUAUUUGGCCUGUUUAUUGUUGGGGUAGUUUUAUGAUGCUCAAUUUUUGAUCAAGCAGCUGAUGUUUCUUGAUCACCGUUUGUCCUUUUCUCCACCCUUAAACACUGUCAACAUCUGUUUAUCCAAAAAUAACCAUUUUUUUAGUCCCUUUACCCCAUCCUAUUGCUUUUACUGUUAUGAUGAAACAUAAAAGGAAAACUAAUUUGCAGUUUUGAGUUAAUAAUGUACAAGUUUGCCUAUGUAUUCUCUCUCAACUUUGGCAGGACUUUCUAUGAGAGUUUUGUUUGCAUGGACUGCAGACUCCAGUUUGUGUGUCCUCUUGUGUGCAUGAUCUAGAAACCAAAACACCCAUUGAGCUGUGAGAACUGAUCCAGAAAGCUACACACUUUGUUCAUCUGAGCUUUGGGGAAGCACUCAAGAGCUCUAGUGUGCACAUGAGAACAAAUCAGAAAUGUCUGUUUUCAUCAUUCAUUUUUGUUUUUUAUUUUUUUGUAACCCAAGUUGUUUGAAAUUGUUAAACCUGGCUUUAAAGUCGCAUUAAAAUGGAAGAAAACAUUUA